AUGAGAAAAUUGAAAGAAACGAUUGGUGAUGUUGAGAACUUAGCCUUUGUUUUGGAUAGACAUCAAAGCAUUGUUUGUGCUUUGGAGAUCGUGUUCCCUGAUGCACACCACGAAUUUCACAGAGAAUUUGAGAACAUUCGUGCAAUGAAUGUUGUGGUUGCACAAUAUCUUGAGGAAAUUGGAUUUGAAAAAUGGGUUCGGUCGUACUUUCCAGGGGUACGUUACAAUGUAAUGACGAGCAACUGGGCUGAGAGCUUCAACAACACAACUAACGAUGCAAGAGGCUUCCCAAUCACUACUGUUGUAGCAUUCUUGAGGUCCAAAGUCCAAAAGUGGUUCACCCUGGAGGAGAGAAGUAUUAGCAUGUACGCACUAUGCUCGCCAUAUUACACAACAGAAUAUUGGAGGAGGACAUAUGAAGGUACAAUUAUGCCAGUUGGUUACAAGGAUGAUUGGGAAUUGCCUGAUGACAUAAAGAACAUGACAGUUGGAGUGCCUGUUGAGAAGCAACCAGUAGGGCGACCCAAGAAGCAAAAGGUUGGAAGAAUCAAGAACAACCGAACUGCUUGUAAUGGCGAAAGGAUUAUCAAAUCACGAAAUUAUAACAAGUGCGGUGCCAAGGGGCACAACAUAAGCACUUGCACCUACCGAGGUUAA